AUGACGGCCGCAGCGCACUACGCGGUGCUCCGCCCGCGGCCACCGCCGGCGCCAGUCGUGCCCCACCAGCCGGCCGGCGGCGCGCCGGUCUUGCCGCCGGUCGUGCGCCACCCGCCGGCCGCCGGCGCGCCGGCGCGGCGCCAGCCGCGCGCGGCCGCGGCCGCCGGCUGCGCGAACACGUACGGCGCGUCGCCGAGCGCAGUCGCCGACUCGCGGGGCGGCGUCUGCGCGCCCGACGGCCUUGAUGAGAACGGCUGCUGCUGCCAGGCGUCGGGAAACCCGUGCGACCGCUGCGCGGCGUCGAGCUGCUGCGACACGUACGAGAAUUGCGUGGCGUGCUGCGUGAGGCCCAGGAACGUCGAGCAGAGACGGCUCGUCCGGAAGCAUGCGGUCCACGCCGUUCUCAAAGAGGCGGCCGACGAUUUCGAGUUGUGUCGCUUCCGGUGCCUCACGAACAGCGGCUCGACGCUCCACCAGAACUCGUACCGCUCGGCGACUGAGCGGCACUGCUUUGGGACCGUGCGGCCGCCGCUCGACCCGCGCAUGUCGAUCAAUUCUGAUACCGAGACGCUGCAGAGCCUGACGAGGAACGGCCACGCGGACCGGAAGGAUCCGUACAUCGGUGACGGCCACCAGAUGAUCUUUCCCUGCGACGUGGAAGGUUGUGCGGCGCCGGAACAAGACAUCCACAAGCUCGCCGCGAAGAGCGGCUCCGCCGCGGCGCGCGAGGACAAAAAGGUCCGCGCGUCCGACCGGCGCGCGAAGCGUCGGCCGGGAGCCGUCGCCGCGGAGGCGAAGAGGUAG